AUGCCGCAAUUGUCAAACAAUGACCAUCAACUCAGAUCAAAUCCCACCCUGUCGAUACGAGAGUUUAUGGCUGAAAAAGUUGCUUUAUCCAUACACUUCUUUAAUCAAUUAAAAGCAUGGUUUGCGGAACAAUCACUAAUAAAGAAAGUUUUGGUUAUGCUAGGCUGCAUUAUUCUCGGCAUAUUAGGGUUUCUAUUCCUCAUAUUCCAUUCAUAUUUGAUAAAUCAAUUGAUCAGUUUAUCUGACAAAUGGCAUGAUUUGAAAUAUGGAAGUGUUAUAAUAUUUGCCUUGGUAUUUAUGGUGAGUUUCCCACCAUUAAUUGGAUUUACUGCAUUAAGUUUGUUGACAGGAAUGGUGUAUGGAUUUCCCCAAGGAUGGCCGUUGUUAGCAUUUGCAUCAGUAUCUGGGUGUACUGCCUCAUUCCUAGUAUUUCGAUACCUUUUACAAAACCAAGCAACGAAAUUGGUGCAAUACAAUGAAAAAUUUAGAGCAUUCGCUGAAGUAUUACAUGAUGAUAGUUCGUUGUUGUUAUUGUGCUUAAUUCGACUCUGUCCAUUGCCUUACUCAUUAUCUAAUGGUGCUUUGGCUGCGGUGCCAGAGUUGCCACUUUUAACCUAUUUUCUUGCCACGUUGAUUACAUCACCGAAAUUGUUUAUACAUUUAUUUGUUGGUAGCAAGUUGAAAGAUUUGGGAAGUGACAAGAGCUCUGGAAUGUCGAAGGUUGUUGAUGUGAUUAGUAUAGUAAUAACAGGUGGUGCUGCCUCAUUAGCCACGUAUUUGAUUUAUGUUAAGAUGCAACAAAAGCUUGCUAGUUUCCAUCAAAGAGGGGUCAUUCACGAUGAUGUAUUAGUUUUUGGAAAUUUUGCUGAUGAAUUGGAAAUGGGAAGUCACAAUGAGAUUGAAUUAAAUUCUACUGAUUUCGACACUGAUAAUUUCCUAAUUGAUGAUGAUGAGGAGGAUGAAACUCUGGCUCAAGACAGCGACGUCCAUUCACAAAAUAGCCACAAGAGUCAGAAAAGUCAAAAAAGUCAAAUCACUCAUAAAAGUGCAACUGAUGGAGAUCAAGAUCGCAAAAACUUACAUAGAGACUAG